AUGCCAUUUAACCCUCACAGCUACCCGUGUAUCUGUGAGGGGGUACGCUUGUCUUUACCUGGCACAUUGGAAACUGCAGCCCUGGACUGGUUCAGGAACCUGCUCAACAGCCACAGCUGCUUGAUCCAGCUGGAGGCUUUCCUGGCCCGUCUGUGCUGCACCUGUGAAGCUGCCUACCGUGUGCUGCGCUGGGAGAACCCCGUCGUGUCCUCACAGUUCUAUGGGGCUCUUCUGGGCACAGUUUGCGUGCUGUAUCUGCUGCCGCUAUGCUGGGUCCUCGCCCUUCUGAACAGCACACUCUUCCUGGGGAAUGUGGAGUUCUUCCGAGUGGUGUCUGAGUACAGAGCAUCUCUGCAGCAGCGGAUGAACCUGAAGCAGGAAGAGAGCGCCUUGGAGAGCCUGCCACUGGAUGCUGGGGGAGGGGGUGCUCUGCCAGACAGCACACCUGCCCCCACUCCCACAGAGGACCUCACGCCAGGCAGUGUGGAGGAGGCCGAGGAGGCCGAGCCAGACGAGGAGUUUAAAGAUGCGAUUGAGGAGGAUGACGAGGGCGCCCCGUGCCCAGCAGAGGACGAGCUGGCCCUGCAGGACAACGGGUUCCUGAGCAAAAACGAGGUGCUGCGCAGCAAGGUGUCGCGGCUCACUGAGCGGCUCCGCAAGCGUUACCCAACCAACAACUUUGGGAGCUGUGCGGGCUGCACUGCCACCUUCUCAGUGCUGAAGAAGAGGCGUAGCUGCAGUAACUGUGGGAACAGCUUUUGCUCUCGGUGCUGCUCCUUCAAGGUGCCCAAGUCCUCCAUGGGGGCCACAGCCCCUGAAGCCCAGAGAGAGACUGUGUUUGUGUGUGCUUCGUGUAACCAGACCUUGAGCAAGUGAGAAGAGAGGCCAGGGUGCAGCGGGGCCCUGGGCCCUGGUCCCUGGGCCCAGCAGUAGAUCCUCACUCUCCCCACCCCUAGCCCCAUGUGGCGUGUGCUGGGC